CGGAAGGACAGAUGCAGAAACCUGCAGUGAGGGGAGACCUGCAGAACAGCUUAAAAAUACACAAUGUUCCCAGGAUGGCGCCCUGAAGGUUGUCAAGAGCAGAUGUGAUGGUCAGAAGGUAUGUGAAAUAAAUGCAGUCCUCUUCGGUACUUCUGAUCCGUGCUACGGCAUUUACAAAUACGUGGACACCACCUACGCCUGCUUCCCAGCCAUCCACAGUGUGACAUGUGGGGAUUCUCUGGCAAACCUUCAGUGCGAUGAAGGACAGGUUUUACUUAUUCACAGAGCUGAUUACGGACGUCAUGAUGCAACUACAUGCUCUUUCAAUCGUCCAGCCUCUCAGCUCCAAAAUGUCCAAUGCUCAAAGCAAAUAAACAAAGUAGCCGAGAGCUGUAACGGGAAAAGCAGCUGUACUGUCAAAGUGAGCGACUCUGUGUUUGGAGACCCAUGUUAUGGCACCUACAAGUACCUGGAGGUGGCUUACAGCUGUCACUUUGCAGAUGAAAGCUGAAUGCUGCUGAAUGGAGGAAAUCACUGACAUCAAAUACUAUCAGCGUCUAUUAUCUUUAAAUAAAUUGUGUAAUGAAUCAAUUAUUAAUCAAAAAGAUCAAUCAAUAUCCAGUGCAACGUAUGGUCAAAAAUAUAAUGACAGGUACUGAUUUUACAUGCAUAUCAGAUUUAUUCAAGACAUGUCAACUUGUGGUCUGUGGUGUCUAGAUAUAUUUGGCCUUUAUUCUAAAUGUAAAACUGAUUUAAAACUGAUUGCCUUAAAUAUUUUUUUCUGAUUCACUCUUAAUUUUGCCUUCAAUAAUAAAAUAAUCACAAACUGAUCAACUGGAUGGUGUGAGCUAAAUGUGACAGAGGUCUGACUAAUUUCCGAAGUGAAUGUUGAAACGGUCGGGUGUCAAGGUAAAGUGAGAGGAGCAUAUUGUCAUGAUAUUCAGAACCACAAAAAUUCAGCUCUCAAAAUAAACAACAUUUAUCUUUUUAUCAUUAAGGACACCAGGGUCAUUACUCCAACAGUACUCAUAGUUUGAUAGUACAAUAACACACAUUACAUGAAAUGUGAAGUUCUGUUAAGUUCAGUUGUAUUUAUAAAGCACCAAACCACAACAAUCAGAUGACUCCCUGUGAGCAAGCACUUGGCGACAGUGGGAAGGAAGAAGUCUCUUUUAUAACAGAAAGAAACCUCCAGCACAACAAGGCCCAGGGAGGGGUGACAGUC